AUGUGUCCGCACCCAGGCAUCAGCAAGAGUGAGCCCGGCCGAGCUCACCAAGAUCCUGAGCGAGCGAAUCCCCAACUUCAAGGCGUUGCUAUCGACAUCUUGAAUGAGAAGGAGACAGAAAGCGUGGGUGUCGUUGUCUCUGGAGAUGACCGUGCCAUCCUGGAAGGCGACAGUGUGAAGUGCACGGGAACGAUAGUCGAGGUGCCGAUCGGUGAAGAACUGCCAGGCCGUGUGGUGGACGCGCUGGCCACCAAGACGCGGCGCCGAGUCGAGCUGAAGGCUAGCAUCGUUCCUCAGAGCGUCCACGAGUGGAUCACAGCUUUGAAGGCAGUGGACAGAUGCCAAGACAGCCAAUGCCAUCGACACCAUCUUGAAUCAGAAGGCUGUGCCGUGGCCGAGUACCGGGACAACGUUUUGCAGCAAGGUCAUUAUUCUCCAAGUAGGCCGUGGCAUAUCGCGGGCGACGUGAGUGCUUACAUCCCCACCAAUGUAGCCCACCUUCUUGUUCUUCACAGACUGGUUACGCCACUUGCAGAAGACCAAGACCUUGAAGGAAUAUGCCACUCCAUGAAGUCUAUGAGUAUGGGAAGGCAGCUUCAGGUGUCUCACACGCGUAGAUCUGGGUUGACAACAGUUGGCAUUUCUGUGCUGAACACAGGAAAGGGCGACCAUGCUUUUUGCAGGAAUUGA